AUGCUGGGGUCGUGGCUCAUCCUGCGGUGGGCCCUGAACCAGAUGGACCCCAACAAGAACGCAAAGGCGAUGGCCAAGCUGCGCAAGAAGGAGCUGGCCAAGCGGCUGGGCCGCCCCGUGAACCUGGACGGCCAGUACGAGGACGUGGUGGCCCAGGCGGUGAUCAACCCUGCGGCCAUCGACGUGACCCUGGAGGAUGUGGGGGGGCUGGACCACAUCAUCGAGGAUGUGACGCGGAACGUCAUCACCCCCAUGCGCCACCCAGAGCACUUCCGCUCCAACCUGCUGCGCCAGAAGCGCGGCGUGCUGCUGUACGGCCCGCCCGGCACAGGCAAGACGAUGCUGGCCAAGGCUCUGGCUCGUGAGUGCAACGCCUGCUUCAUCCUCCUCAAGUCGUCCACCAUCCUGAGCAAGUGGUACGGCGACAGCAACAAGCUGGUGGCGGCGGUGUGGAGCCUGGCCAGCAAGCUGCAGCCCUGCAUCCUGUUCAUAGAUGAGGUGGAUUCACUGCUGGGGCAGCGCAGCCACCAGGAGCACGAGGCCACCACCGCCAUCAAGACGGAGUUCAUGCAGGCAAGAGCGCUGGGGGGGCUGCACCCGGCUGGCCUGGGCCGGGCCGGGCGUGCGCUCUCUCUGCCUCUGUGGGAGGGGUUUGAGACCACGGGUCGCAGCAACAUCCUGGUGCUGGGCGCCACCAACAAGAAGGACAGGCUGGACGACGCGGUGCUGCGCCGCUUCUCGCUGCAGUACGAGGUCAAGCUGCCGAAUGUGACGCAGCGCGAGGCGAUACUGCGGCUGACGCUGCAGCGGCAUGCGCGGGAGAUUGGGCCGGAAAACAUCGAGCCGCAGCUGCUGCCGCUGGGCGCCGCAGACGGUGGCAGCGGGCUGGCCUGGCUGGCGGAGCGCACCGACGGCUUCAGCGGCAGCGACCUGGUGCAGCUGUGCAGCCAGGCGGCGGCGGUGCCCAUCCAGGAGCACAUAGAGUGA